AUGCGGUGCAUUUGUGGAAGCAUUCAAUGGCAAGCACUUCUCGAAUACCACGAGGGAACAGAAGAUGGCCGAGUUCCUUCACAUGUGCCAAGACCAACCGACGAGACCAAGUUCGCUAAGCUAUCGAAAUACGUGCUGAGGAUGGUGGAAGACCUUAUGGAUAGGGCAAAGAAAUUUAGGGACGGAUCGAAGCCCGAGAUCGGGAGCAUACUAGUGCCGUUUAAUCUGAAGGACUUUAACGAUCUUUAUGAGAGGACCCAAAUGGUGGAACGGGACUUUGCAAAAAGGGUUGCCGCAUCUAGAUCACAAUUCAUGCCUUUGAGUAGAAGAGCCAUUCGGCUACCAGCUCAAGGAAGGCUAUUUGCCGUCACCCGGGAAGAGACGAAGGAUUCGCCGACCGUUAUCGAUACGAUCCUCUUGCAUGACCAAGUAGCUUAUGCCUUGUUUGACCUAGAUGGUCACAAGGGUAGGAUCGAUUUGAUUGUGCUGGAAAUGUACAAUUUUGACGUGAUUAUAGGGAUGGAUUGGCUGACUAAGCAAAAAGCCAUAGUGGAUUGCUAUCGUAGGGAUGUUCAGUUUAAUCCAUUGGAUGGGGUUAGUUUUGAGUUUGUUGGAGACCGAGGUGGAAUCUCGAUCUUGUUGGUUUCAUCGAUGGAAGCAAUGCGUCUGAUGGAAAGUGGAUGCCAAGGGGAUUUGGCAACUAUAGUGGAUAUGUCAAUUGAGGAAUCGAGGAUUGAGGACAUAGUAGUAGUGUAUGAGUUCCCCGAUGUCUUUCCUCAAAAGUUGCCUAGAUUGCCGUCGGAAAGAGAAAUAGAGUUCGUAGUAGAGUUGGCCCCUAGGACGGAAUUGAUCUCUAAGGCGUCGUAUAGGAUGGCGUUGUCAGAGCUAAAGGAAGCUUCGGUAUUUUUUGAGAUCGAUCUACGGACGGGAUGCUAUCGGUUGAGGAUUAAGAAAGAGGAUAUACCGAAAACGGCAUUCAGGAUGCAUUGUGAACAUUAUGAGUUCAUAGUGAUGCCAUGUGGUUUGACAAAUGCUCCUGCUACUUUUAUGGAUUUGACGAACAGGGUAUUCAAGGAGUUCUUGGAUCGGUUUGUUAUCAUAUUCAUAGACGACAUCUUGGUGUACUCGAGGAGUAUGGAGGAUCACGAGUAG